UUAACCAUGCCAACCCAAAAUGCGGUCCUUCGACAAAAGCGUAGUCCGAAAAUUAUGUCGAGGAAGCAUCGUGAUUGAAGAUUCGGUUGAGGCAUGGGACUGGAACCCAUGCAUGCGCCACCCUUGGUCUGCAUGCCCAGGUGAAAAUCAACCUUAUCAUUUGGUCCUCUCUUUAGCCGUGUCCCACAGGGCAGUGAAAUAAACCAGUUGCUAUAAAAGUGGUGCCUCACUUGCUCUCCCUCCGACCCCCAAGGCCCGGGAGAAAGACAAACAUGAGCAGAAGAAGCAACUUGAAAAAUGCCGUCGUGGCAUUUCUUGUUCCUCUCCCUUCAAUUCUGUUCUAUCUUUAUUUCCUUAGUCAUUUCCAGAGCAACUGUGCUCCUCUGUGGUCAUGGUGCUUCCAUCACCCUCUUCUGUUAGCAAAUGUCUUCUUUUUCUUCAAUGUCAAUGUCCUCUUCUGGCUCAUUGGUUUCAUCCAAUCCAGCAACUGGAUGAUUGAUCUGUAUUGGAUGGUGAUACCGGUGUUGUUACUUCAUUACUAUGCAACCCACCCUUUGGCUCAAUUUGAUCCUUGGAGAUCAAUGAUCGUUACAGUGUUGACUUGGGUCUGGAGUAUUAGGCUGGCCCAUAGCUAUUUCAGGCGAGAAGAAUGGCAGUGGGGUGCCAGAGAAGACUGGAGGUUCGCUGAUAUGCGCUUACAGUACGGCAAGCAUUGGUGGUGGAUUUCCUUCUUCUCUGUUUACGUUUCUCAACAGAUACUUCUGAUUGGAAUAUGUCUUCCACUGUAUGUCGUCCACUCGGUUGAUAAGCCCUUAAAUAUCUGGGAUUUUGUUGCUGCUGGAGUUUGUUUGUGUGGCAUUGUCAUAGGGUACUUGGCAGAUACACAACUGCAUAAUUUUGUGAUUAGAAAUACCAAGCUAAAAGAGCUCGGAAAACCUAUGGUCCCGAACCUCGACCGUGGCUUGUGGCGGUACUCGCGGCAUCCAAACUACUUUGGGGAACAACUAUGGUGGUGGGGAAUGACUGUAUUUUCAUGGAACUUGGGUCAUGGAUGGACCUGUGUGGGGUGUUUGAUCAAUAGUAUGUGCUUAGCUUAUGUUACUUUCCUUGUGGAGCAGCGGAUGUUGAAGCAGGAGUACAGAGCUGAAGCAUACAGGUUAUACCAAAAGACAACCUCGGUGUGGGUACCAUGGUUCAAAUCUUCUGCUAUAGCAGUGAAGGAUAAGGUUACUUGAUCUAAUAUUUUGUAAUUCUGCCAGUAUUUUCAAAAGGAAAAAAAAAUCAUCUCCAAUCUUUUUCCUCUAUUGUUUUUGGUUUCUCUCACGGAGAAUGUAAUCAAGUUGCUCAUCCAUUAGUUGAGUUC